CCUGAACCCAGCUGUGUGUCCAUGAAGAGUGACUGGUCGAAGCACUUUAACAUUGAUUUUAAAGGAGGACGUCCAUCAGCUGAUCAGAUAGUGGACCAGGACAGCUCAGAGGUUCCCAGUGGUCAGUCUGCCCAGCAGCAUCAAACACACCUGGACUCCACAUUUAUGCUGCUGGAGGAGAACAUCGUCACUUUUGUGAAGAACGAGCUGAAGAAGAUGCAGAAGAGUCUGAGUUCAGAUUACCCAGAAUGCUUAGAUAGUCAGAGGGAGGAUGAGGAGGUGUUGGACGGUGAGGAGGAAGAGCAGAGGAGGAGCAGCAGAGAGGCAUUUCUGAAGAUCACACUGCACUUCCUGAGGAGAAUGAAGCAGGAGGAGCUGGCUGACUGUCUGCAGAGCAGAACUCCUGCUGCAGAGUGUCGAUAUAAACUCAAGUCUAACCUGGAGAAGAAGUUCCAGUGUGUGUUUGAGGGGAUCGCUAAAGCAGGAAACCCAACCCUUCUGAAUGAGAUCUACACACCGCUCUACAUCACAGAGGGAGGGACUGCAGAGGUCAAUGAUGAACAUGAGAUCAGACAGAUUGAAACAGCAUCCAGGAAACCAGACAGACCAGAAACAACAAUCAGACAAGAAGACAUCUUUAAAGCCUCACCUGGAAGAGAUGAACCAAUCAGAACAGUGAUGACAAAGGGAGUGGCUGGCAUUGGGAAAACAGUCUUAACACAGAAGUUCACUCUGGACUGGGCUGAAGACAAAGCCAACCAGGACAUACACUUCACAUUGCCAUUCACUUUCAGAGAGCUGAAUGUGCUGAAAGAGAAAAAGUACAGCUUGGUGGAACUUGUUCAUCACUUCUUUACUGAAACCAAAGAAGCAGGAAUCUGCAGGUUUGAAGAGUUCCAGGUUGUGUUCAUCUUUGACGGUCUGGACGAGUGUAGACUUCCUCUGGACUUCCACAACAAUGAGAUCCUGACUGAUGUUACAGAGUCCACCUCAGUGGAUGUCCUGCUGACAAACCUCAUCAGGGGGAAACUGCUUCCCUCUGCUCGCCUCUGGAUAACCAAACGACCUGCAGCAGCCAAUCAGAUCCCUCCUUGCUAUGUCGGCAUGGUGACAGAGGUCAGAGGGUUCACUGACCCACAGAAGGAGGAGUACUUCAGGAAGAGAUUCAGAGAUGAGGCGCAGGCCAGCACCAUCAUCUCCCACAUCAAGACAUCACGAAGCCUCCACAUCAUGUGCCACAUCCCAGUCUUCUGCUGGAUCACUGCUACAGUUCUGGAGGAUGAGUUGAAAAGCAGAAAGAGAGGAGAGCUGCCCAAGACCCUGACUGAGAUGUACAUCCACUUCCUGGUGAUUCAGUCCAAACUGAAGAACAUCAAGUAUGAUGGAGGAGCUGGGACAGAUCCACACUGGAGUCCAGAGAGCAGGACGAUGAUUGAGUCUCUGGGAAAACUGGCUUUUGAGCAGCUGCAGAAAGGCAACCUGAUCUUCUAUGAAUCAGACCUGACAGAGUGUGCCAUCGAUAUCAGAGCAGCUUCAGUGUGCUCAGGAGUGUUCACACAGGUCUUUAAAGAGGAGAGAGGGCUGUACCAGGACAAGGUGUUCUGCUUCGUCCAUCUGAGUGUUCAGGAGUUUCUGGCUGCUCUUCAUGUCCAUCUGACAUUCACCAAGUCUGGAGUCAAUCUGCUGGAAGAAGAGCAAACAACAUCCCAGAAGUCUGAAACUAAACAAGAAUCUGCGGAAACACAUUUCUACCAGAGAGCUGUAGACGAAGCCUUAAAGAGUCCAAAUGGACACCUGGACUUGUUCCUCCGCUUCCUCCUGGGUCUUUCACUGGAGACCAAUCAGACUCUCCUACGAGGUCUGCUGACAAAGACAGGAAGUAACUCAAAGACCAAUCAGGAAACAGUCGAGUACAUCAAGAAGAAGAUCAGUGGGAAUCUUUCUGCAGAGAGAAGCAUCAAUCUGUUCCACUGUCUGAAUGAACUGAAUGAUCGUUCUCUAGUGGAGGAGAUCCAACAGUACCUGAGAUCAGGAAGUCUCUCCACAGAUAAACUGUCUCCUGCUCAGUGGUCAGCUCUGGUCUUCAUCUUACUGUCAUCAGAAAAAGAUCUGGACGUGUUUGACCUGAAGAAAUACUCUGCUUCAGAGGAGGCUCUUCUGAGGCUGCUGCCAGUGGUCAAAGCCUCCAACAAAGCUCUUUUGAGUGGCUGUAACCUCUCAGAGAGAAGCUGUGCAGCUCUGUCCUCAGUUCUCAGCUCCCAGUCCUCUAGUCUGAGAGAUCUGGACCUGAGUAACAACAACCUGCAGGAUUCAGGAGUGAAGCAGCUUUCUGCUAGACUGGAGAGUCCACACUGUGGACUGGAAACUCUCAGGCUGACUGACUGUAACCUCUCAGAGAGAAGCUGUGCAGCUCUGUCCUCAGUUCUCAGCUCCCAGUCCUCUAGUCUGAGAGAUCUGGACCUGAGUAACAACAACCUGCAGGAUUCAGGAGUGAAGCAGCUUUCUGCUGGACUGGAGAGUCCACACUGUACACUGGAAACUCUCAGUCUGUCAGGAUGUCUGAUCACAGAGGAAGGCUGUGCUUCUGUGGCUUCAGCUCUGAGCUCCAACCCCUCCCAUCUGAGAGAGCUGGACCUGAGCUACAAUCAUCCAGGAGACUCAGGAGAGAAGCUGUCUGCUGGACUGAAGGAUCCACACUGGAGACUGGACACUCUCAGCCUGCAGCCUGCUGGAGUCCGAUGGUUGACACCAGGUCUGAGGAAGUAUGCCUGUGAACUGGAACUGGAUUCAAACACAAUGAACAGAAACCUCAAACUGUCUGAUAACAACAGGAAGGUGACACAUGUGGAGGAGGAUCAGUCAUAUCCUGAUCAUCCAGACAGAUUUGAUGUCUGGGAACAGCUGCUGUGUAGAAAUGUUCUGACUGGUCGCUGUUACUGGGAGGUCGAGUGGAGAGGAAACGUUGAUGUAUCAGUGAGUUACAGAGGAAUCAACAGGGAAGGAGACAGUUCUGACUGUGUGUUUGGAUGGAACGAUCAGCCCUGGAGACUGAGCUGCUCUGAUGAUGGUUAUUAUGUCAGGCACAAUAACAGCAGAACACCCAUCUCCUCCUCCUCCUCCUCCUCCUCCUCCUCCUCCUCCUCCUCCUCUGUUUCUAACAGAGUAGCAGUGUAUGUGGACUGUCCUGCUGGCAUUCUGUCCUUCUACAGAGUCUCCUCUGACACACUGAUCCACCUCCACACCUUCAACACCACAUUCACUGAUCUUCUGUGUGCUGGGUUUAGAGUCUGUUCUGAUUCGUCAAUGUCUCUGUAGGAGGGAGAGUCUCUCUGUGUCUCUGUAGGAGGGAGAGUCUCUCUGUGUCUCUGUAGGAGGGAGAGUCUCUCUGUGUCUCUGUAGGAGGGAGAGUCUCUCUGUGUCUCUGUAGGAGGGAGAGUCUCUCUGUGUCUCUGUAGGAG